AUGUGUGAUGUGGACGUGUCCUCAGAGCCCAGCAGUCCCACCCUGUUUGGUGAAUCCUCGGACAAAUACUAUCAUGUGGACCGCUGGCAGAAGCUCCGUACUGCUGUGCGAAAACUGGAAUUCUGGGAGAACUUUACAGCUGAGCUCAUCGGGAGUGGCUUCUUCUCUAAAGUCUAUAAGGUAAUCCUUCUCCCCCCUCUUUGCCUUGUUACCAGCCUACAUGUGAGCUGCCAUCAGAGCUCUCUUUGUUUCAGCUACUAAUUGGGGCAUUCUUGCCAUUCCAUGAUUGGCCCACCAGCUUUUUAGACCAUGGGGGCACCAUACUCAUCCCCAGCUGAGAUGUUAUAUAACUCCUAAUGUGAUAGCAGUGCUGGUGAGGGCUAAAGGAGGAGCCGACUGGUGUACAUUUAGGCUUUGUUCCCGAUGAAAUGAGCCGGAAAGAAGCAACAGCACAGAAGACUUAAUGAGUCAGAGUUUGAUAUGUCAUCCAAAGUGAGAUUUGUAUCCUGACCCUUGCUGUUGACACCCUCAUGUCUUUCAGGUGAUGCACAACACCACUCGCAAGGUGAUGGUGGUGAAGAUCUACAAAAAUGAUGUGGACCAAGACAGCAUCGUACGAGAGAUCAGCCUGCUGCAAAAACUCUCCCACCCAAACAUCGUUAGGUAUCAGUUUAGUUUUGUCACAUUUCAUACUGUUUAAAGAGAUAUUCUGGCGUAAAAUAAUUUAGGGUCAAACACACCAUAACUCUGAGUUAGACACCCCCUCGAGAGAUGAAUGUUGCCAACCACGGCUUCUCUGGGUAUACCAAUUUUGGAACGACCGCACGAUAGCAAUACACAGCGGUCUACGUCUCCACUUGUCGUCCUUGUAGUCUUUGUAGAAACUAAUAAAAGGAUGACAACCACUACCCCCCACACUGUAAACCAACUACUUUCAAUUAUCCCUUACUUAUAUUUUCCACAAUAUCAGUGUUGACAAUGUUUUUAAAAAGACAAUUAUCCUGAAUAAAAACCUUAUUCUGAGAUUUAAGUAGUUUUUUAAUCACUAUAGUCGUGCAGGAGUCAUUGUUUGACAUGAUUUCAAGAAUUAGAGAGGAUAGACGUGAAGUUUUUAUCCAUACUUUAAAGGGCAUUGCUCACAGUGGAUGAAAAAGAGACAGAGAGAUAUUGCCAUCCUGAUGGCACUGAGCCAGUAAUGACAUAAAGGAAGGAGAGCAAUGGAGACAUUUAUUUGUUUUCUUUUUUCUAGAUAUCUGGGAAUCUGUGUCAAAGAAGACAAACUCUAUCCAAUCUUAGAGGUGAGCUCUCUGCUUUAAUGUAGUGUAAGUGUGUAUUCAUGUGUAGUUGUGUGUGUGUGCAUUUGUAUUUACAAGUGUGAAAAAAAAAAAAAAAAAAAACAUGACACUGAUAGAGGCUGGUAGUGAUAAUGAAAUGAUUAGCAAGCAAAGAAAAAUGAUAUUUGGGUAACUGGACCAGGUCUCCCCACCCAAGAAUGGGUUCUUUGUGGGUUUUUUAGGUCUUCAUUUUCAAAGAUUACAUUCUUGAGUUUCUUUGUUGGCUGUUUCAGUAUGUAAAUGGAGGCUGUCUGGAGGAGCUCCUUGCCAGGAAAGACGUUCCUCUGUGUUGGAAAGAGAAAGUGGACCUUGCCUGUGAUAUAAGCAGAGGAAUGAUCUACCUGCACUACAAGAACAUCUACCACAGAGACUUGAAUUCAAAGGUAAGACCCUUAAUCUCUUAACUCUUAUUAAGCUAAUGUGCCAGUCUAGUUUACACCAAGGGGCCACUCAGAAUUUGUGUCAUAUCCUGGGCCAAACUACAAGAUUAGUGGAGGCACACUUCAGAUUUUUUAAUGACUAGAACAGUUUGUCAGUCUGAUAUUUGGUGUUAGUCAAGUUGAACAUGGUGAGUCUAUUUGUGCAUUUCUCUUUAAAACGGCAGCUGGUCUCACAUACUAAAAUCAUGGUAAUGUGAAUAAAAAUUGUAAAUUUUGCUUUUGAACAAGUAAAUAAGCUGAAUUUCACCCAAAACCUUUAUAAAGCUUUGGAGAGCCGUAGUUAGGGUAACUAUGUUUAGUAGAUUCAUCACUGCAAGCAACUCCUUGUACAUUGUGAUUUCAGUACCAUUGAUUCCAAUGAUAAUACUUGUUACUUAUUAAUUACAUCAGUUACUUAUUAAUUACUAAUAAACUGAAUUAAAUUUUUUUCCUGAUUCCCUGUUGUUUCUUAACCCUUUAAUGCCUGAAACCACAAAUUAUAGCCAGAAAAUUCAAAUUUUUUUGGAGCUGAAAUGUUUAUUUUAUUUACUACUGAAAACCAAAAAAAAUCAGAAUGUCCUUAAAAUUUAACAAAUAUAUUUAUUUAUCUCGUUUGAUACUUUAGAUGUUUUUGGAAACUGAUAAACCACAAGAGGACAUUUUUAUCAUUUAUUGGACUGUAUUCAGGUGUUUUUUAGUAAUCUUUUUAUCAUAUUGAUUUGAUAGAAGUAUAUAAAAGUAUGUAUCAAAUAUAAUACAAAAGGCAUGAAAGGGUUAUGUAUUCAAGAUCCAAACUGGAGCUAUCCAAGAUAUGCAAAUAUUUAAGUGCAUGGCCCAUAAUUCAAUUAUGAUCAAUUCAAAAGAGGUCACUUCUUUCUUCUAAUUAAUUGAACAAUUGUGCACUCACAAUCUCAUUCAUAGUCUUGUCAGUGUGAAUGUUAAAUGUGAGUUGUGUGUUAGUGAAUGAGUGUGCGAUCUUUGUAGGUUCUGACCAGUUGCCAGGCUUCGCGGAAGGAUCAGUCAGUAAUGCAAAGAAACAAGGCGACAUGAGUUGCUCCAUUGUCAUGUUAACAGAUGGUUGUUAACUAGGUGCUGUUGCUACACACAUAACUUGUAGAAUCUCACACGCACCCUGGAUUUGUGUGUGAAUGGGGCCCCUUUUUUUCUGCAGCAAAACCUCUCACCAUGCACGUCAUCCUGAGGUGACUCAUUUGGCUCUUUUCCAUUUCACUUUGUUCCCACAGAGGCCAACGUGGAUUUAUGUCACGCUUAGGCCAUAAUGACCAUAAACCAGUCUAUCAUAUAUUACAAAAAAUGUUUAUAACUGCACCUACUUAGGUGUACUGAUCAAUAGUUUUCCAAGUAGUAGGUGAGUAUGUAGAUUUUUUCAGGAUGUUAUGGGGAAGAUCUCUUCCACAUCACUGGAAACACCCCUACAUUAGGACCUGACUGUAUUCUCUGCACUAGAUGCAGAGAUGCCUACUUGUAACCAGUCAUAUGAUUUUUUUAAAGCUGACCUAUCCUGUGUCAUAGUAAUUAGCUGUGGACUCAGCCAAGCAUGUCAAAUGUCAAAGCCAUAAAAGCUGAUGAAGAGACUGGCGCCUUGUAGAUACCAGAGAUGGUAAAAGUUUGAGUAACACUCGUAGUAGUCGGUAUGUCAGCUUGUAGUAUGAAUCAAGAAGCUCAUUGAUAGAAGCUCAGACAAAUAGGGUUUAGAUUAACGGUAAAAUGUUUUUUUUUUAUGCAUUUUUUAAUUUGCAUUGUAAAGGUUUUAGUUCAACAGUUUUGCAGAGCAAUCGACUGCAAAUCCACAUUUGUGUCUGAGGUCUCUGAUGCCAACUUUUGUGCACAUCCAAAGUACAAAUGACAUUCCAGAGUCCUCUGAACCAAUGCUGCCUUUGUGAAUAUGCUUCAGUAACUUUCCCUGUUGACUUUUAUCACAGUUAAGGCUCCUGGAAAAGUCCCCCCUUCUUCAAUUAGCAAUUUUCCUCUCUUUAUUCACUAAUGUGCUCAAUGUAUUUUUUUUAUUUUUAUUCCCAAACUGUUGCUUUUCUUGGCAGGGAAGGCUGGGGCUAAAUUUAGAGGUCUGGGACAGAAGUCUCUCCCAGAAGAGCCUUGUAAUGACAGGCUAUACUGGAUGGAAAAGGCCUCUUGUGCACUGGCAGCCAGAUGCUGAUACGUCACACACACACAAACAAAUACAAACACAAAGCCUUACAAAGAGAAAUGGAAACUAACCAUAUUUAAAUACAAGCAGAUAUCCACACUGGACUGUCUAUAUUUGCUUUUUUGUAUUAUAUGUAUUUUUUCAGGUGCACUUACACACCAACAUAUGUAAUAAAUUGUAGCACUCCACUUAUUAAGCCCCGUGCACAUACACCUGGAGCAUCCUCAUGUUUAAUGCUACAGCUGUCCCACAGUACAUAUCCCACACUAAACUAUGCUUCAUUCCCUCAGAGAUCAUAGUCACUGAAAACCAGUUAACAAACAGUCAGUCAGUACCACACUGGCUGCCACACUGAGUCUUUGUUGUGUACCGAGGCCCUUUACUCAGGGGGUCCUAGUGAAUUAUUUAGUGUACAGGAAAGGUGCUGAUAACAGACCCUAUUGAGUCUAUUGAUAGAUGGAGUCUGAAGACAGCCUGUUUGUCUGAGAGCUGGAUGGUGUCCACCUGGGAGACAGGGCUAGUGAAAAGACAAGCAUUUAAAGAUCUAGAUUAAUUAAAAAUGAACAACAUGACGCGUUUGUGUUUGUCUGCCUUUACCGACAUCAACACAAUAUUGCCCUCUGCUGGUUCAUUUGAGCAAUGCAGUUAAAUUACAUGUAUUUGUCAAGAGACACAUGUCGAGACUUUUCUGACAAACAGCAACCAAAAGCCUAUUUGGUCCAGGAAGUUCUAUGUGAAUGAUUGUUUAGUGCUGCCAUACAAAAUGCAUUCAAUAAGCACAUUUUCAAGAUUCUCUUAUUCCACAACCUAAAAAACUUUCUCUACUACGAAGCAUGUUUUUCAAACUUAGUCAUACUGUUUUGAAAAGUAGGAAAAAUAGAACUUUGGGUACAAACUUUGGCCUCUGCUGUAACCACCAGUUUGCACUGUCAGCAGAAAUCCCCAGCAAUUACACUUUUUUCCAUUUCUAAGCAGAAAAUUAGGGACACGGAGAAGUAGGACUGGAUUUCUACUUUAUUCCACAGUAUGAGGGAUUUUAUUUCACAUGAUGUGGUUCUAGUUUAUUAACCUUUUUUUGUUUUUGUAUGUAUAUAUGUAUGUAUAUAUCAUUACUAAGUUAGUAAAUUUGUAAAUUUAAAAGCGUUUCCAAAUCCCCCAAAAUUGGGAAAUUGUGAACAGUGUCAAUAAAAACAGAGUCAUAGUGUGAUGGUCUGCAAAUUGUCUGAAGCCUGAAUUUAACUGAAACUACUGCGAGAAAAAAUAUUGAAUGUAGAAAAUGAAAAAAAUUAUCCUAUGAAAAAUAUAUAGUUAUUUCCAAUUUGACAUCUUUUAAAACAACUUGGAUAAGGACAUGUUUACCAUUACCAUCAUGUUGCAUCACCUAUUCUCUGAACAACUCUAUGUGGUCUGUGUGAUGCAGAACAUCAGUGUGUUGCUGCUGGCAAACAGAAUUGUUAAGAUUAGAAGUAAUUUAACCAAGAGGAAAUUUGUUGGCACACCAAAUUCUUAAAAUCAGACGGAAGAGGGACCUGUAGUGACCCUGGGUAUGUUAUGUAGGUGCGUCCACCCCAAACCUGGAGGUGGUGGUCCCAAGGUACUCAGGGAGGAGCCCUGGUUGCACUGCUGAUGACCCCUUCAAAUGGCGGCUUUGCUGGUCCUGACAGGCGCUUUCCUGUGUUUGCUGCCCACAGGACACAUCAUCUUAGCUGUAAAGGAGCACUGUCAGCCUCUCUUUACUUUUUUUGUUUCCUCUGUGAAACACCAGGAUUGAUUAGCUGGAAUGAUGUCCAUUCACACUGUUGUCAGCAGACUUAAGCAUCCACACUCAAGAGGGGUCCACCUGGUGUGUAAGCUUGCAACUCUGUAAAAUAAUACACCAGCGUGGGAGAACAGCCUCCAAGCUGGGGGAUCACAGAGGCACCGAGACUGGGAAGCCACCAAAAACAAUGCAAUUAGGCAAACAAUGUUGGGAAAACAGCAGUCCAGAAGGCUGCCUGCAGAUAGACACCCGACCUUACAAUACGAUAGCGGAUACAAUGUUAAAUUCCACAAUUCUUAAGUCUUUGUACAACUAAAGUCAUGCAUGAAGUGUUUUUAGGGUUGAUGUUUUUUUGGGGUAUGGUGAGGUGCAGACUGUAAGAAGGGUUCUGAAAAGAUGGCUCCAGCUUUGACCCACGCUUGUUAAUGAUCAUGUAACUUUUGUUUUUAAUAUUUAUAUGUCACUUGUCUAUGCUUUUUAGAACUGUCUGAUCCGAGUGACCUCUCGGGGUCAGGAGGCCCUGGUGACUGACUUUGGCCUGGCCAGGGAGGUGGUGGAGCUUCCAGUCAAAGACCCUGCCCGGAAGCUUUCACUCGUGGGUUCAGCAUUUUGGAUGGCGCCUGAGAUGCUCAGAGGAGAGCCGUAUGACCGGAAGGUAACAAACUCUUGAUUUACCUUAAAGAAUAGGAUCAGUUCCAGCCUGCUUUAAUUGGAUGGGUAGGUGGAAAUUGGAAGACAUUUUUUAUUUAUUUUUUAUUUUUUCAAGGAGGAGGAAUCCAUCCAAAACAAACAAACCAGAAAACAGUUUUUAAAUGAAUGAGUGAUGAAAAGAUUAGAAAUGAACUCGGACUUCUCUUAACAGACUGUCCAAUAUUAAACAAGUCUUCAUAAUUAAAAAGAGACUAAGACAACAUCAGCUAAUCAUACCUAUACUUCAACCUCAUCCUGGCCUGACUGAAAUCAAAAUAUAAUAGAUAAAGAAAUAGGUGACCAAAGCAUUGUCCACACAGUCUUUACCAAAUUGAGCAUUGCCUUGACACAAUUUUUUAUGACAAACAAGCUAGAACAAGUAAGCAUUUAUAAGAAUGAUCACUUGUGAGACCAUUUGCCUGUUAUUACUGUUACAGUGUGUGCUUUUGUGUGUGUGGGUGUGAAAAUCUGUCUCUGUAGACACAGAGUCCACUGCUCUGACAUUAUCACACAGCUCGUAGGAAUGAAGUGUUUAGAUCAUAGACUGUAUUUACUAUGGACAACUCGGUUCCGCCUUCCGUCAGUACACGGAUUUGAAGCCAAAAAGCUCUCGGUAUUUCCAUAAUUUUUCUCCAUUUCCUUUUCUUGUACAACCACAUGUAUUCGGUAGAAAGAUUCAUCCGAUGUUUUUGUCUUGCUGGGUUGUGGUUUAAGAUGUAUUAAUGUACCUAUAAAUUUGUACAUUUCACUGGCAUGUUACUUUUUCAAAAGAGUCAUUAUUUCAGGUCUUUCUUAAACUAUGAAACUAUAUCUCACUUGUUCCAGGUGGAUGUUUUCUCCUUUGGCAUUGUGCUCUGUGAAAUCCUUGCCAGAAUCCCUGCCGACCCAGAGAUACUCCCCCGGACACAGGUACAGCUGGAAACAUUCUCAUCAAUAAUUUUUUUGUAAAUAUGAAAUGUCUUAAGAAUACCCUGAACAGUUUCCUGACCAGAAUUUUCAAGACACCCUUUUUUCCUGAUAAAACAUUUUAAUUUAAUUUAGAAAUAUGUAACUUAUACUUUCCUCCUCAUUAUUGUUAUUCCUGGUAAAGCCUGUGUAAAGAUUUUCUAAUACCAACAUAUCUUGAGCUGUAAAAUUAUCCAUGCUCACUUUUCCUCAUACAUAAAUAUGACACACGCUUCUGUCGGUGUUCACGUGUUUCAGGACUACGGACUUGAUGUGGAAGCAUUCGGGGAGCUGGUGACGGGCUGUCCUCAGCGUCUCCUGGAGCUGGCAGCCAGCUGCUGUAUGGUAGGAAGAUGAAAAAGGCUUUAAGUUCAUGAGUUUGCUUGAAGACACAAAAACUUCCAUCAGAGUUGGCAUCAUGAUCGGCUCUUGUUAGUUUAUUUUUCUCCUGGUUUUGUUAUUUAGUUUUAAUUUAUUUUAAUUCAGAUUUUCACAACAAUAUUUUGCAAAAACAUACAGUUUGAUUUGAUAUCAUUACAAAAUUUAGCUAACAAUAAUAUAUUGUCAAACGCUAGAAUACUGUACAUAUCUUAAACUACCCAAUAAAAGAUAGUUACUCCAGCUGUCAGGAUAGGCUCUUGUUGGUUUAGUUUUCUCCUGGUUUUGUAAUUUAGUUUUACUAAGGUGACCAUAUGUCCUCUUUUACCCAGACAUGUCCUCUUAUGGGGGCUGUCCGAUGGGAGUUUAUGAAAUCCUUCAAAUGUUCGGGGUUUUGCAUAGAAGUUUUGAGUUUGUGUAGCAUGGACUAACUGAGUUAGGAGCACAUAAAAAACAUUCCACCCCGACCCAAAAAACCCUCAGAAUUUUACACACGACUCCCCACAUAGUAGUGUCCUCUUUUCGGGGAUUCAGAAUAUGGUCACCCUAGUUUUUUUUCCUGUGUAAUUUUCCUAGUGUUUCAAUUCUCUGUUGUUCCUGUUUCCCUGUGUUCAUCCGUCUUAUGUUCCUGUUUUUCUCAUGUUCUUCAUUGUUUCUUAGUUGAGUUUUCAGUGUUUCCUGUUUUAUUUUGUAGUUGUCAAUCCCUGUUUGUCUAGUUUUACUUCUUUAGUUUUCCCUACUCUGUUGAUUACUCACGAGUCUAACCUGUCCCUAUCUCCCCCUCUUUCUUGGUUGGUUCAUUGUCUAUGCCGUCUAUGUAUCCCUGCGGUUUUCACCUGUCAAUAUAUUUGUCCACUCCCUGUGCUCCUGUGUUCUUCUCUGCUGCUAGUGAUUUGUCACUCUGGAUUGUGACAGAGUUUUAAUAAAGGAAAGAACCCAAUAAAAGAUUUAAUUAACAGUAAGGCGAGAAAAAACAAAAACGUACUUCAUAAAGUCCAAUAAAAAACACUAGCAGCAGAGAGGAACACAGGAGUGCUAGGAUUGACACACAGUGACUGACGGCCAUAAAAUAAAACAGAAAACACUGUAAACUCAACUAUGAAACCAAACAGUGAAAAGCAUAAGACCAACAGGAACAUAAGAUGAAUGAACACAGGGAAACAGGAACAAAGGGAAUUGAAACACUAGGAAAAUUGCACAGGAAAUAAAACUAAAUUACAAAUUAGGAGAAAACCAUUGGAGUUUUUGUCUAUUAUUGAAUGGUUUAAGAGAUGUACGGUAGGUGCUUCUGUAACAAGACUACAGAACCUAAAAAAAUGUGCCACUCUCCUCUUCCUCUCUCUUAGGUGGAGUCCUUCAGACGGCCAGCAUUCACAGAGCUCCUCGAUGAAAUGGGAGAAGUUGCUGAGAGCCUGGAACUGCCACAAUCUGAUGUGAAUACAUGCUGA